CAAAAUAGGUAGAGAGCCCAAAAAAAUUUCCAAGCUUUUAAUACUUUCAUCAAAUAUAAUUAUUCACUGUAAAUUUGCCUAGCAUGAAACAAGAACCUCAGCAUCUUCGUUACUCAUCAAAGAAAAUUUCAUCUUUUGCUAAACCCGUUUUGUACUUCCUUUGUCUCCUUUUAGCUUAUUCGCUCGGUUAUCUGUCUAGCUCUACGCGUAACAAUAGCAACCCACCUGAUCAUAUAAACACUGUGGUCGCCCAUGUAAACACGGUAAUUAACCGUGCAACAACAGAAUUAGGCGGCGACCACAGUGAUUUUGGGGCGGUAUGUGGUGAGGCGGUUCCACAGCAACACAUCCGUCGGAAAAUUCUGGAACGUGUCUUCAAGGGAACAUCUCCGUGGGAGAAUUUCCCGCCAUCACACGUGGAGAGUCUCCUCAGGAAAAAGUGGAUCAAAGGAUGGGGAUCAAACGGCGCGGUUUUCGAGAACUUAAUCCGGAAGGUCCGACCCAAGACCAUAAUUGAAGUAGGUACGUUUUUGGGUGCAUCUGCUCUUCAUAUGUUUGAAUUGACCCGUCGGUUGGGUUUAUACGACACUCAAAUCGUCUGUAUAGAUGAUUUUCGUGGAUGGCCGGGUUUUUCAGAUCAUUUGCGGAUGAAAGACAUGAAGAUGGUAAAUGGAGACGUUUUGCUGAUGUAUCAGUUCAUGCAGAACGUGAUGCAGGCGAACGCUACGGAGACCGUAGUGUACACGCCUUUCUCCAGCGGAUCAGCGCUGGAGAAGCUGUGUGAGUGGGGUGUGUUUGGUGAGUUGAUUGAGGUUGAUGCCGGACAUGAUUUUCACUCGGCUUGGUCCGAUAUAAACCGGGCUUUCAAGCUGUUGAAGCCCGGUUUAGAAGGUGGAGUUAUAUUUGGACAUGACUAUUUCACCGCGGCUGAUAACAGAGGAGUGAGAAGGGCUGUCAAUUUGUUCGCUCGUGCUCAUAAUCUCACUGUUCAAGUUGAUGGACAACAUUGGGUUUUCUAUAUUAGCAAUCCUUUGUGAUCAUACUGAUAUAUAUAUUGAUGGAUCUUAUAAGCUAUUGUAAAUUA